UUCACAUUGUGACACAGGCCGGCCUCUCUGCCCUGGAGUCUAGCGGAGACGUCCUCCAGCCCGGAGCUGUCAGCAGCAGCGCCGCUUUAGAUACCCUGGACAGCGCUCUUCCCAUCGGCUGGAGUUCCCGGUGCUGGUGCUUGUCCCUGCCCUGCUGCCCUCACUAUGGAUCACAUACAGACACUAGACCGAGAAGUAAAUGCAUUUGUGGAUUAUUUGUUUGGCCCAAGGGAUCCCAGGGUUAGAGGAUGGUUUAUGCUGGACUCCUACCUUCCCACAUUUUCUUUGACCAUCCUCUACUUCCUUUCUAUAUGGUUGGGGACCAAAUAUAUGAAGAACAGACCACCAUUCUCUCUCAGGGGUCACUUAAUUGUUUACAAUUUAGCAGUCACUUUGCUGUCCUUGUACAUGUUGAUAGAGCUCGUUCUUUCAACAUGGGAAGGUGGCUAUAACAUACAAUGCCAGAACCUGGACAGUGCAGGUGAAGCAGAUGUGCGGGUGGCCAAAGUUUUGUGGUGGUACUAUUUCUCCAAAGCAGUUGAAUUCAUGGAUACAAUUUUCUUUGUUUUACGGAAAAAGAACAGCCAAAUCACAUUUCUCCAUGUAUAUCACCACGCCACAAUGUUUAAUAUAUGGUGGUGUGUCAUGAACUGGAUUCCCUGUGGUCAGAGUUUCUUUGGGCCUACACUAAACAGUUUCAUCCAUGUCCUCAUGUACUCCUACUAUGGCCUCUCAGUUAUACCAUCCAUGCACAAAUACCUCUGGUGGAAGAAGUACCUCACACAGGCACAGUUGAUCCAGUUUCUGCUCACCAUUUCACACACACUGAGUGCAGUGGUUAAGCCCUGUGGGUUUCCUUUCGGCUGUCUCAUAUUUCAGUCCUCCUAUAUGACUACAUUGGUCAUUUUAUUUGUAAACUUCUAUCUAAAGGCUUACAAAGCAAAACCAUCAAAAUCAGAUGCAAAUGGAAUUACAGCCAGCAUAGAACUAAAGAACGGAUUUCACAAAGACUUGGUGAACGCUAGCAAUGGUGCUGUGCACAAGAAACGCAACUAGAACAUGGAGAUGGAUUAUUAAGAAGCAGCCUCCGUUUGAAGUGAUAUUUGAACAUGCUUCUAGGCGUCCUCCUAACAACUGAACAAUAUCCGUUUCCGUUAAAAGCAUUUUUUAAAUAAAUCACUACCCUAGAUUAUUAUAAGCUUUUGAUAUAUAUAGAGUAUGAGAAAAUUAUGAGAUCAAAAGGCUUUUAUCCAAAUGUCAUCAUAAUACUGCAAAUGGAAAGUACUUAAUUGUAGUCCAGGAAAUGCCUUAUAACAUCCUAAUGACGUUCUUUUACACGGUUAACAAUUUUUAAUUUAAUGUAGGACUUUGUACUUACUAAAGUUUAAAUUAUGUGAAAAUAGACUUUUGUUGUAUGUUACUUUCAGCUAAAUGGUUAUUAUAGAUUAUAACGUUUUAUUCAGAGUUUCAAAGAAAUUUUAAGUGAAACUCAAACCACAGUUUGAGCAUUACAAACACUCAAGUAGUCACUUUAUACUGGUACACAGAUAAUCCAAUUUGUAUUAAGAAAGUCACAUAGCAGCACAAUACAUCAAGUACACAUGAUCCAAAAUAUUUAUUUUUCAGACCAGAUAAAAGAAUGGGGACGAAAUGGAACUGGAAUAAUGAAUUGUGGCGUUUUCUACUGUAGAACUGACUGAGAAGGCACACAUGUCUAUCGCUCCUAUUUCUCAGUCAGGGGAUAAGGGGACCUUAGUACUUCCAAUAUAUGGAGGUCCCACUCCUGUCAGAUAUUUAUCAGUUAGGUGUCUUAAAUGGGGAUCUCACUUUAAGCCCUUAACAACAUAGGACUGAUAUAUCAGUCAUACACUUAGCCCACUCCAUAUGCAGCAGGUUCCAGCUGUGUAAUACAGACGACACACGGACACCGUUAACAGGAUCGGGGACAACUGCAAUCUAGGUCAUUUAACCCCUAAGAUGCAGUGGUCAAUAGCAACUGCAGCAUAUCUGUGGUUAGACAGAGGGUGGGAACUCUCUGAUCUGACCCCCCUGCACCAAAUUACAGAGAUCUGAUUGGUUACUAUCACAGCCUGGGCCUUGUGACGGCCCCCUGUCCUGCCAUAGGAACUUGCCUGUAAAAAUCCCAUAUAGUGCAAUAA